CGUUUUGAGAGAUGAUUGUUAUUAAAGUCAAACGCACGUCUCUUUUGAAGAAAAGGAGAAGAACAGGCAGAACAAAAGCAACACAAUCUAAUCUUAAUCUACUCUACCCAACAAGCCAAGAACUUCAGGUUCCAUGUUGUUGUUGGACACAUAAAACUGUUACUCAGAACCAAUCAACACAACCCAUUUCCUGUUCUUUCUUCUGUUCAUCCCACCCACACAUUUCAAUGGAAAACCCAACACCAACACCCUCAGAUUCUCUCACUUCUACCCUUUGCAACUCAAUCCAAGCACUGGGGCGUGGCUUUGAUGUCACAUCUGAUUUCCGCCUUCUAUACUGCAAAGGGGCACCUGGCUCCAGACUUGUCUAUCUUGAUGAGGAACAUGCCACCGAUCUUGUUCUCUCUCGUACUCUAGUUCUUCCAAAUGUCCCUUCUGACAUUUGUUGCUUCCCGGGGCAGAGUUCUAUGGAGAAGAUCCCUGUCUGCACCUUCCAUGAGAUGGCAAAAUGUUUCAAUGAGAAGUCAGGCCUGGCAGAAAAAUUUCCACUAGGAAGCUUCAAUUCAAUGUUCAACUUUACUGGCUCCUGCAUUGUCGAUGCACCAGCCACGAAAUCCCUUGCCAUGGUUGGGUAUUUCAUUCGACUGUUUGAAGUUAAACUCACCAAUCCAACUUUAGUCUUGAAUGAAGAAAUUAGGCGUUCUGUUCCUCAUUCUUGGGAUCCAGCAUCCUUGGCUAGUUUUAUUGAGAAUUAUGGUACCCAUAUUGUUACAUCAGCAACAAUUGGCGGGAGGGAUGUCAUAUAUGUUAGGCAGCACCAAUCAUCUAGUUUGUCUGCCUCAGACAUUGAGAACUAUGUAAAGGACAUUGGAGAUGAUAGGUUUCAUGAUGGAAAGAAUAUAUCUGGUCCUGGUCCUUUAAAAUACAAGGAGAAGGAUGUUACUGUCAUUUUUAGGAGGAGAGGCGGGAAUGAUCUUGAGCAAAAUCACUCUAAAUGGGUGGAGACUGUAAAACUGGCACCAGAUAUCAUUAACAUGACAUUUACUCCCAUUGUUUCUCUUCUUGAAGGAGUACCUGGGGUUAACCAUUUGACCCGUGCCAUUGAUUUAUAUCUUGAAUACAAACCACCCAUCGAAGAUCUACAGUAUUUCUUGGAUUUCCAGAUAGCUCGAGUUUGGGCGCCUGAGCAGAGUAAUCUACAAAGAAAGGAACCUGUCUGUCCAUCCCUCCAGUUCAGUUUGAUGGGACCAAAACUUUUUGUUAGUUCAGAUCAGGUAACAGUUGGACGCAAGCCUGUGACUGGACUGAGACUUGGUCUAGAAGGCAACAAACAAAAUCGACUUGCAAUUCAUCUGCAACAUUUUGUCUCCCUCCCAAAAAAUCUUCUACCUCACUGGGACACACACGUGGCCAUAGGUGCUCCCAAGUGGCAAGGUCCAGAAGAACAAGACAGCCGUUGGUUUGAACCGAUCAAAUGGAAGAAUUUCUCCCAUGUAAGUACUGCACCAAUUGAGUAUACUGAAACUAGUAUUGGAGACCUCUCUGGUGUUCACAUUGUCACUGGAGCUCAGCUUGGUGUGUGGGACUUUGGAGCCAAAAAUGUGUUACACCUCAAGCUCCUCUUCUCCAAAGUACCAGGUUGUACGAUAAGACGGUCUGUUUGGGAUCAUAACCCCUCCACUCCUUCUGCUGCACAGAGGCCUGAUUCUUCAUCAUCAUUGACAAAGAAAGGCUCCGAUGACAAAAAGGAGGAUACUUCAACUCACAUAGGAAAACUGGCAAAAAUUGUGGACACGACAGAAAUGUUUAAGGGGCCUCAAGAUAUUCCUGGCCAUUGGUUAGUCACAGGGGCUAAGCUUGGAGUGGAAAAAGGGAAAAUUGUACUGAGGAUAAAGUACUCUUUACUUAACUACUGAUUGGUUUUUUCUUCUUUUAUUGUUUUGUUAUUUUUCCCCUCCUUUCCAGCAGAAACUGUAGUCUAGCAUUCUUUUGCACAGAAAAUCUUUUGAAUUGCUUUUUAAGUAGAUUUAUUUGUCACUCAGCAGCUUAGUUGAUAUACUUUGAACUCAGUUUUGUUUAUUUAUUGUACAUAGUGAUAUUGUUGACUGAUGUU